AUGGCAACUCCACAGCCAAUGCAAGAUGAUUCACUGAUCAGGGCUCUGGAAAAUGAGCAACAGUAUGAGGAUACGGGUUCCGACGAAGGCCUUCCACCGGUACCCACAGAAGUUUCCCACGGGCAUCGGCAGCCCGGCCAAGAUACAGAUGUGGAGACGUGUGUUUCUUCGGUAACGGAUGUGCUGCAGAAUGCCGAUCUGUUUGUAGAUCACAUGUACCCAACUCUGAAUGCGGUUGUAGAAGAAGAGGAAUCACAUUCCAAUUUGGUGCUCAAGUCACUGAACAAGAACCUGGCUCCUACCAUAUCGACUACUACAACAGAGGAGACACAACGGCAGCAGACCUCCCAAAACCAGCAGCACGAGUCAUCGGGAGACAUGCUUAAGUCACUCAACGAAAACUCAAACCAUGCUCCAACCAUCUCUAGUUUCGGAACUGCAACCGGGGACACACAAGGGCAAAAGACCUUAACAUUCCAAAACGGGCAGCACGAUUCAUCUGGAGACAAAUCCCUAAACCAGUCAGCGGCCAAGGAAGAAUUACAAAGUAACGAGGCAGCUGUGCUCAAGGCUGCCAAAAUGGACAAGGAUGAUCAGGCUUCUUCAGCUGCCAGUAUUGCUGGAAUUGGGAGUAAGAAGCCGUCGGCCGUAAACAUAUCUGACCAGCAGCAGGAGGUUCAGAAGGGUCAGAAGGAUCAGAAGGACCUUCCUCCCAAACAAGGCAAACCAGAAGCCAAUUUGCAAUCCAAAGAAACCGCUACUAAUAGCAUCAAUCCCACAAGUGCUGUUGGUGUCGUCGAAUCAAGUGGAUCGGAUGUGCAAGCAGAAAUGCAGGCACCCCAACAACAGCCAGCUCUUAUCCGUAUCCAUCGACACCCAGUAUCAUUCCCAGGAGCCUACAGCAUUGAUGGCAUUGGUACCAGCAGUGGUAUUGGCGCUUCCAAUGAUGAUGGCAGGAUUGUCCCAGUUCCUCCAUCUACGGGUAGAGCGGAACUGAGCAAUCUCAAUGGCAACUUGGAUUCAUCAUUGAAUGACUUUUUGAUUCCUCGGAUGACACAGCUGAGAUAUUUGGCAUAUAUGGAUUUGAGUCUGAAUGGCUUGGUGGGUACCCUGCCAACUGAGUUUGGUUUGAUUAACCAGUUGACUGAAUUUUCAGCGUCAGCAAAUGCCAUCACUGGGACCAUCCCAAGUGAGCUUGGGCAACUUACUCUCAUGAGAAGCCUGCAACUAUCAGCAAACUCUCUUGUUGGCACUCUUCCCAGUGAACUUUGGUUGCUUACUUCUCUUGAAAAUUUGAACCUUGGGUCUAAUGCAGCUGGCAACUAUUUGACAGGCCGUUUGCCAAGUGAGAUUGGAUCACUAAAUUCACUACAACAGCUGAGCCUGUCGAAGAAUCUGUUUACGGGUGAAAUACCCAGUGAAUAUGGACUGCUGACGUCCCUCGAAUCGAUCCUAUUGUUUGACAACUUCCUUUCUGGUGGCUUGCCCAGUGAGGUUGGAACGAUGGCCAUGCUCAGACAUGUCUUGAUUCAAGGCAACAUGCUAUCAGGACUGCUUCCAAAUGAGCUGCAAGAGCUGACAGCUCUCGAAUGGCUUAAGCUCGAGAGCAACAACAUCUCUGGCGGCAUUCUUUCCGAGCUUGGAUUGCUGACUGGCCUUCUUGAUCUCAGACUCGGAAGCAACCAAUUCCUGGGUGGCAUUCCUACAGAGCUGGGGCAGCUAUUGUCACUACAAGAGCUUGACUUGGCUGAUUUGAUGAUGCUGACUGGAUUUGUUCCAUCAGAGUUUGUUCUCAUGGCAAGCCUGGGAUGGCUGAAUAUUUCUGGCAGCGUUGGGCUGUCCGGCACAAUGCCAGAUGAACUAUGCUUCUUUCAGAAUGCCUCUUGUACCUACAUUUGGGGCACCAAGCCUUGUUUUCUUGGUUUUGAUUGCACUGACCAGCUUUGUGGAUGUGAUUGCUUGUGCUCCAAUGAGACGUCCAAUGAGUAG